AUGGCCUCCCAUCAUCCAGCACAAUGUUGCACUGUCGGUGUGACGCAUGGGGGAGUAGCGAACGGACAGUCGGUAAAAGUGGAAGGCAAGCAUGACGCGUACUUGGCCACCCCCUCUGCUGGUGUGGCACGUAAAAACGCUGCGAUUUUGUAUAUUCCAGAUAUCCUGGGAAUCUGGAUUAACAGCAAACUUAUGGCGGAUCAAUUCGCAGCCAAUGGCUAUACUACCCUUGUUAUUGACAUUUUCAACGGCGACGCCCUUGAGCUUAACCGUCCGGCCGACUUCAAUCUUAUGGGCUGGAUGACUCAGGGACGUAAUGGCAAAGGUCCUCAUACACCGAAAGAAGUCGAUUCUAUCAUUGAAGAUGCUCUGGAAUACAUCAAAAGAAAUCUCGGCUUCAGUAAUAUUGGCGCUGUUGGGUACUGUUUUGGAGCAAAGUAUGUUGUUCGCCACUAUAAAAACGGUAUCAAGGUUGGCUAUGUUGCCCACCCUUCUUUUGUCGAGAAAGAUGAGCUGGCGGCGAUUACGGGGCCACUGUCCAUUUCCGCUGCGCAGACCGACCCCAUCUUCCCCACCGAGAAACGCCAUGAGUCCGAGAAGAUUCUAAACGAGAAUGGGAAUCCAUACCAAAUUCACCUCUAUUCGGGCGUGAGUCAUGGCUUCGCAGUCCGCUGCGAUCCAUCUAUCAAGACGGAAAAGUUCGCAAGGGAGCAGGCCUUCUUGCAGUCUAUAGCUUGGUUUGACAAUUGGCUGAUCUGA